AGCAGGUCACAUGGUCCGCGGGACAACAUGGCUGCGCCCGCGUUGGGGUUGGCUCGUGGGUUCCCGGUCGGGCUCCGUCGCGGUCGCGGUCGCGUUCGCGUUCUCCUGCUGCCGCUGCUCUCGCUGCUCUGCGGGGCGGCGGGGAGCGAGGAGGCCGGGGCCGGGGCGGGCACGGCGACCCUCGCGGGCUCGUGCGGUUGCGGCGCGCCGCAGCGGUCCGGGGCCCACGGCAGUGCGGCGGCCGCGCACCCGUACUCGCGGGAGGCGAACGCCCCGGGCCCUGUCCCUGGAGAGCGGACGCUGGCGCCCACCAAGAUGGUCCUCAUCCCCGCCGGGGUGUUUACCAUGGGCACGGACGAUCCUCAGAUAAAGCAGGAUGGGGAAGCACCAGCCAGGAGAGUGACUAUCGACGCCUUUUACAUGGAUGCCUAUGAAGUCAGUAACGCUGAUUUUGAGAAGUUUGUGAACUCAACUGGCUAUUUGACAGAGGCUGAGACGUUCGGCGACUCCUUCGUCUUCGAAGGCAUGCUGAGUGAGCGGGUGAAGACUGACAUCCAGCAGGCAGUUGCGGCUGCUCCCUGGUGGUUACCUGUGAAAGGCGCUGACUGGAGACACCCAGAGGGGCCCGACUCCACCAUCCGGCACAGGCCGCACCAUCCCGUACUCCACGUCUCUUGGAACGACGCAGUUGCCUACUGCACGUGGGCGGGGAAGCGGCUGCCCACGGAAGCUGAGUGGGAAUACAGUUGUCGUGGCGGUCUGCAGAACAGACUCUUCCCCUGGGGCAACAAGCUGCAGCCCCGAGGCCAGCACUACGCCAACCUGUGGCAGGGCGACUUUCCUGUGACCAACACCGGCGAGGACGGCUUCCGGGGGACCGCGCCCGUCGAUGCCUUUCCUCCCAAUGGCUACGGCUUGUACAACAUGGUGGGCAACGCCUGGGAGUGGACCUCAGACUGGUGGACCCGUCACCACUCUGUUGAAGAAACGCUGAACCCAAAAGGACCCCCUUCGGGGAAGGACCGGGUGAAGAAAGGUGGAUCCUACAUGUGCCAUAAGAACCCCACAGCUGGACGUCAUUUCUGGAAUGGAGUGCUCAUGAGCCCAGGGCUGCAUUCUCAGCACAGAUCCUGAGCUCAGUUUCACGCAGUAAUUAGCCGUUUUGAUGAAACAGGGCUAAAACAGGUACUUUCCACUCCCCCUGUUCUUCAUUAGCAGUGUGACCCAUUUUUCAGCCACCCAAAGACCUUACGUCCUUAAGAACCACUUUCGGUGCUAAAAGUAGAAUUGGAAAAAAAGAGCAACGAGGACAUUCAUAACCAGGCCAUUUACCUCUUUAAUUACGUGCUCCAUUAGGUGCCCAUUAUUGGAAUUUAAAAUGAACGGCCUGUUAAUAAAUGUUUGCUGAGUGAAUGGAGCAAUGGUGGGAGCUGACUGCUCUCCUUGCUCACUUCCGUGGUGAGACCUGCUUCUACAGUUCAGUUCUUCGUCUUUGUUUCGGGGGAGGUCUCAGGGAUUGCUAAGAUCUAAUGAAGAUCAACAACUCUCUGUUGUUGCAGAAACAAAACGUUUUCAUUCCAGAAAAUUUAGAAAGUAAAUAAUAAAGAUGAAAAUAAAAACCAUUAAUCACACUUUCUGUUUAAAAGGUUUAUUUUUUAAAAAUUGUGUUUGAAAGGUAGAGAGAUGAGGAGAGACAGAAGCAGAUGUAGACAGGUAGAUAGGUGACUUGAUAGAUCUUCCUUCCACUGGUUUCACCCCAUAAGUGCUCACAGCAGCCAGGGCUGGGCCAGGCUGAAGCCAGGAGCCAGGAAUUCACUCUGGGUGUCACAGACCCAAGCACUGAGCCCUCACCUGCUGCCUCCCAGGGUGUGCAUCAGCAGGAAGCUGGAUUGGAAAUGGAGCCGGGACUUGAACCCAGGAACUCUGAUACGGGAUGCAGGUUCCUGAGUGUCAUCCUAUCUGUGAGCCAACUCAUCCUGCUUUCCGAAAAACCCUGUAGAUUGUAUCCUGCCAGACCGUUUUGUGUACCUGUAUUGACCAGGGUUUUCAAACAUGGCAGUGAUCACUGUCUCUUCUGUAUCAUGGGUCUCGUGCCCUCCCCUGUUAGGGUUGCAGGAUCCUUCUCAACACCAUGCUGGGGGCAGGUACCAGUGGUUCAGCGGACUUGCUCCACCCUGGGCUUUGUGGCAUGCAGACAGGUACCGUUGGUAAUGUCAGCCCUGUGUAGUAUCAGCAGAGGACCCUUGGAGGUCCUGGUUAUGUAGCAAAGCUGUGUCCGUGUUCAGAUGCUGGCCCAGGCUGCCACGAGUCCCUGCAGUCCAGCGUGAACUUUUCAGGCUGACUGUGCUUUUGUUGUGUUAGAAGGAAGCAGCCUAACCAACGGGGUAGCCUGAGAGAGCCCAGUUAGCCCUCGGGAUUGGGAUGUUGUGUUUAGUAAAAGUUACAGUCACAGAGUGUCCAGUUCUCCACUUCUUAACUUAAAGACGAAGAGAAGGGUUUGAAUGUCAUUCCUUUAUAGACCCACUCUGUCUGUGAAGGAACAGAUUCAGAGAGCCUUUGCCCAAGGCCAAAGAGCUUAGGAGUCCUGGGUUUGCCCUUUCUGGUGAGCAGUUUAACAAAUGUUUGCUUAUUGCUGGUGCAUCUGUGUCAAGCCCCAGCCCCUCUGCCCAGCAGACUGUAAUGCGACUCCACCCUUCUGACCCACCCACGCUUCCUGCUUCUUGUCCUUGACCAUUCUAGAGCCCACCCAGUCUCCUGCCACGGCUUUUCCCUGGGAUUCUCAUCUCCACGCCCUGGAGCUGCUUGGCUCACAGGUCUCCUCCUUCCCAGACUGCUCUGUCGGAAGGAGCCCCCGUACCCCUUUCUCAGUCCUGUGCUUCCUUCAGAUGGCUGUGGCCGGAAGUGGUUUAUUUCUUGGCUGACUACUCCCUGUUGAAUGCCAGCUCCCUGAUAACAGGUGCUUUAUUUGUCUUGCCUGACCAUAUCCCUCGUGCCUAAAAUAGCAUCUCUCAUAUUGUAAGAGCUCAUGUGUUUAAUGAAUAAACAAAGCCAGGCUCUGACAUGGUCAGGCUGUGGUCUUGCUGUCCUCUGAACUUGGCUGGAUUUUUCCAUUUUCAUGCCUCUGAGGUCACUGUUUUCCCUGCUAGUACUCCUUCCUGCUUAGUUUCUGGCUCCUGUAGAUCGGUGCUUCUCGGAGUGUGGCCCACGGGCUCACGGCAUCAGCAGUGCCAGCACGCUUGUUGGAAAUGCAGGUUCUUGGACCCCACCCCAGCUCUGUGGAACCUGAGUCUCCGGGUGUGCGGCCAGGAGCAGGCCUUUAAAGCAGCUCUCCCUAACCACUGCCAUCAUUGUGCACACCCUCCCAGGUCAAAGGUCAAGGUCUACUCUCCCAGAAUUCAUUCCUGAAGACUGGCAUUCUACCAGUGACACUUUCUUCACCUGAAUUCUACGAAGCUUAGAAUUGUUCGACCCUAGCAUGUUCCGGAGCUGAUGGAUGUGUCACUGUUUGCUCCACCAGCCUGUGGUCUCUGCACAGACAGACAGGCCCAGGCUUAGAUCCAUCCUCCUCCCUGUGUGCACACACACUUGCCUGUGUCUCGUCCCGUGCAGCACAAUCAUGGGACAAGAAUGUCAAAGGCGCCUGGCCGACUGGCCUCUCCCGAACUUGAACCUGCUGCAGUGUGGAGUUCACCUCACGGGCGUGGUUUGCACGGGGGCCUGGGCAGGCCACGGCAUUGCUUCUAGAACUAGCAAAGCUGGUUGUUCCCAUCACCCCUGUGGAGCAGGGUCUCUGCCAUGUCUUCCUGCAGGGUCACCUGCUAGAGUGUCCGUUGCGUGUGCAUCACACCUGGGAGCAGGUGCCAUCAGUGUUGUAUUAUUUCUUUUUUUAAAUUUUUAAAAUUUUUAUUUAUUUGACAGGUAGAGUUAGACAGUAAGAGAGAGAGACAGAGAGAAAUGUCUUCCUUCUGUUGGGUCACCCCCGAAAUGGCUACCACGGCCAGCGUGCUGCGCCGAUCCGAAGCCAGGAGCCAGGUGCUUCUCCUGGUCUCCCAUAUGGGUGCAGGGGUCCAAGCACUUGGGCCAUCCUCCACUGCACUCCUGGGCCACAGCAGAGAACUGGCCUGGAAGAGGAACAAUCGGGACUAGAACCCGGCGCCCAUAUGGGAUGUCAGUGCCGCAGGUGGAGGAUUAACCGUGAGCCACAGUGCCGUCCCCAGUGUUGCAUUGUUUCAAGCACAUUGUUUACUCAUCUUCCCUCUGCCUACCCCAGGAAUGGUAAUACAUCCUAGUGCUCUCUGGCUACAGAGAAAAUGAGAAAAUCGGUUGCUGCUGUUUCAUUGUCCAUUGAAGGCAAAGCGCUGUGUCUGUGUAUUAUGGUGGAAAUGCGCCUGGCAGUUUCCAUGUUAACUUUAGAUUUGAUUUUCAUGAGCUUCAGAAGCAUUUGAGUUUUGUGAGAGACAAGAGAAUAAUAACUUUAAAAAAAAAAAAAACACAACUCUUGCGUGCUGACCUAGCCUUCCCCCACCCCCAAGUUAUCUCUUCUUUGUGAAUUCCAGCGUUACUCAGCACGAGUCUGUGCAGUGUGUGUCGCCAGCCGGCAGGGCCCGGGGUUCUGUUGAGCCCUCUCAGAGUCUGCGCUCACCGUGUGCAGGGGGACUCGUGCAUUGUCGUCCUCCUUUGUUUUGGAUCAGAGAUCAGUCCCAGGCCACAGGAGUGCCAUGGUGGUUCUUUCUGGAAGCUGGGAAGCCCCCUUUACCAGCUAGGUGAUAUUGGGUGGCUUUUAGUUCCUCUGGGCUGUUCCAGUCAAAUGAAAUGGCAGAUGGCAGUGCCUGGGGUGAACCGGCUGCUCCUUGCUUGUGUUUGUGUUCAUGGGCACACUGUCCCUGUUGUUUAAAAACUACACAGAUAUAAAACAAACCACAAUGUGUGGCUUCUUGCUUACUGUGAUUUAGGCUCCAAAGGCACAGGAGACCAGUUUUAAAAGAGAGCUGUGGUUUUACACAGCCUGUGCUGCACUUUGUGUUGCUAAGCUUGCUGUUUAAUUUCUGCCAGUGUGUUGGAUAUUAAAUGAUAGCUUAAUGUUCUCGGUACUUUCUCGGUUGCUCUUUAUCUUCAUGCUUGGUGGAAUGUCAGUAGUUACUGCCUCCUGAGUGUGGGAAGUUUGAAAGCCUGCUGCUCCAGGGUAACUGCUGUGUGGAGGGGAGCUGUGCAGCUAGCUGGACGGGGGUCACACGACAUGCACAGUUUUGUACGCUAACGCUUCCAUCUGAUGUUCGAGCAUGAGGAUUGCCUACAUCAUGAGCGUCAUGUAAGGACGUGACUUUCGAUGGUUGUCUGCUCUUCCGUCAAAUGCAUGUGCCAGACUUCUGUAGUCAUGGGUCAUUGCGUUGUUCUUCCGCGCUGUUCCAAGUCACGCUGGCACAGGCAUCUCUGUGCUGCAUCUAUGUUACACUGGCAAGACGAAGGAUGCUGGGUAGCGCGUGGUUAACUCUUGAGCGCACUGCCCCUCAUGCCCCCUCCACGUCCAGUGUCAUGAGGGCAGGCUGUGUGCCAGGCGUCUGCAGGCCCCGCCUAUGGGGACUCAGCACAGGCCCUGCGCGCGCAGGCCCCUGGCUGGAGGCCCCGAGCACUCACCUUUCCUGUUC